AUGCGGUCGUCGCUGGUAACGUGUUAUGUGAUGGUGGCAGCAAUUGCUAACGUAAUCGCUGCCGCCUCGCCUACGGAUAUAAUUCGAACAUUCACCGAUAAAGAUGUGCAGGCAUUCAACCACCUGGUCGUUGACAAAAAUACAGGAAGAGUUUACAUCGGAGCUGUCAACAGAUUGUACCAACUAUCGCCUGACCUGGAGCUUGUGGUGUCUGAACAAACUGGACCAAAGAUGGACUCCGAUGAUUGUUCCGUGCUGGAGUGCAAUAACGCGAAAAACAAAAAACUCACGGAUAAUGUCAAUAAAGCCCUCGUUAUCGAUUAUACUACAACAAGGUUGAUUGCUUGUGGUAGUUUAUUCCAAGGUAUCUGCACUGUAAGAAAUUUGCACAAUAUCUCCGAUGGUGCAAUAGAAAUUAGGGAAGCUGUGGUGCCAAAUAAUGCGACCGCAUCCACCGUGGCUUUUAUUGCACCCGGUCCUCCUAAUCCCCCAGUGUCACAAGUGAUGUAUGUCGGUGUGACAUUUACUCUGGGUUCGUACCGUUCAGAGGUACCAGCAGUGAGUUCUAGAUCAUUAGAUAAAGACAAAAUGUUCGCAAUCGCUCAAACCGCGGUGACUACAGGGACCAGAAUGUUUGUCAAUUCUUUAGCUAGGGAACGAUAUCCUAUAACUUACGUUUACGGCUUUGCCUCGGAUGGUUUUAGUUACUUUCUCACCACUCAAAUGAAACAUACUUCUUCUAGUCAAUUCAUUAGCAAACUUGUACGCGUAUGCCACGAUGACGAGAAUUACUACUCGUAUACCGAAAUUCCCAUAGACUGUACCAGCGAUGUAAGGAAAUACAACUUAGUCCAAUCAGCUUAUGUAGGAAAAGCCGGCUCGGAUCUAGCUUCUGAUCUUGGUAUUACUGCACAGGACGAUGUACUUUUUGCAGUUUUUAGUGAAAGUGAUCCAGUUGUCCAGAACAAACCAUCUGAUUUAUCUGCUCUGUGCGUAUACUCUCUUAAGGCGAUUAGAAGAAAAUUCAUGCAGAACAUUAAGACCUGCUUCAGUGGUAAAGGACAAAGAGGCUUGGACUUCAUUUCUCCAAGUCAUCCAUGUGUUCCAACGAAAUUAUCAUCAAUCGGCGAAGAUUUUUGUGGUCUAGACGUUAACACACCCCUUGGUGGUGAACAAGCAGUUGCGGCAAUUCCAGUUCUUCUAUUCAACACCAGAUUAACUGCAGUAGUUGCUACGUCAACUGGAGACUUCACGGUUGUGUUCAUUGGAACAAGCACCGGCCAUCUCAAAAAGGUGGUAGUUGAGUCGCAAACAUCAGCUCUCGAGUAUGGAGAUAUUAUUGUUGAGGAAGGAUCGCCAGUGAAUCAAGAUUUGCAUUUUGAUUCCCAGUUGAUGCAUCUAUAUGUGAUGACUGAGAAAAAGAUAACUUUUCGGUUGGCAACAAAAGAAGGCUUCCAGCUACAAUGUGUUAGAUACUGUUUCGGAUUUCAAAAGGAACUGAUUAGAUGGUGUAGCCUUAGAUCAGACUGCCAAGAUGCUGCCAAAGACCCACUUUACUGGAUUAGUUACAAAAGCGGGCGCUGUACAACGAUAACCUCAGUGAUUCCCAAUCAACUACAAAGAACCACUGCAAGAACGCUGGAUUUAGUAAUUGAUAAUCUACCAAGCCUUAGCGGUCAUUUCUUGUGCGCAUUUACCGCUUUGGAUAAAACACUUGUUACCAAUGCUACAAGGAAAGGAUCAGGGGUCAAUUGUACCACUCCUAGGACUGAUUCGUUACCAUCCAUACCUCCAGGGCAACAUCAUUUCACUGCCAAACUGUCUGUGAGAAUGACAUCAGGUCCAGAUUUUGUCGCGACCAACUUCACAUUUUUUGACUGUAACACCUACAGCUCAUGCACCCAAUGUGUAUCAUCAUCAUUUCCCUGUGACUGGUGUGUCGAUGGUCACAGAUGUACUCACGAUACAGCUGAAAAUUGUAGAAAUGAUAUUUUAGUUACCGGUGUUAGUCGUGCCGGUCCAAGUUAUAGAUCAGGCCCUGCAUUUUGUCCAACUAUCAACUCAACAGUUGGAAAUACUCCAGAAAUUCUGGUGGCAUCUGGCAUCAAAAAAGCCAUCAAAGUGAAAGUUCACAUAAUUGGCCAAUUUAUAGUGCAAACUCGAUUUGUUUGUCAAUUUAAUAUUGAAGGAAGAGUUACCAGUGUGAACGCUCAACUAUUGGGUGAUACUAUUUAUUGUGAUUCCAUGGAAUUUUCCUAUUCUUCCAGAGCACCAAAUAUAACUGCUACUUUUGCUGUUAUUUGGGGUGGUUCUAAACCGUUGGAUAAUCCUGAUAACAUUCAUAUCGUGAUAUAUCGCUGUCAUGAUAUGGCAGACAACUGUGGUAUCUGCUUAGCCUUAUCCGAAAAGUAUGAAUGUGGUUGGUGUCAAAGCUCAGAUAGAUGCGAAGUCAAAGAGCAAUGUGAACGUGGCUCAGCAGUAUGGCUAAAUAGAAGUCAAACCUGUCCAAAUCCAGAAAUUAUCUCUUUUAGUCCUGAAUUGGGACCUUGGGAGGGUGGCACUAAUAUCACCAUCCAAGGCAUAAACUUGGGCAAAACUUUUCAAGACAUUUACACAGGAGUGAGCAUUGCAGGGAUAAACUGUCAGCCAUAUGAACACCUUUAUAUUAAAACCAAACAAAUAGUUUGUAUUGUUGAUGGGCCUGGUACCAAGGAACCACGUCAAGGACCUGUCACAGUCAAAGUGGAAGAUUAUAGAGGAGAAUCGAAAACUCAUUUUAGAUUUGUUGAUCCUUCAGUGAGUGGAAUAUCGCCCAGGUAUGGGCCAAAAUCUGGUGGUACUGCUCUUCAAAUUACUGGCGAAUAUAUGAAUGCGGGAAGUAAUAUUCAAGCGUUUUUGGAAGAUUUGCCAUGCAAGAUUGUAUCGACUGAGCAAAACCAAGCUUUAUGCAUCACGAGCGCCUCAAAUUCAACCUCUAAAAAAAAAUUACGCAUGAAGUUCGAUAAAGGUGACAGAUAUCUAGAAAAUAUGAUGUUUGAAUAUGUUGAAGACCCAGUUAUCGAGUCGGCUGAAUCUGGAGUACAAACUGGGCAAAUAAAAUUUCCCAAAGGUAUUCCCGCUGGAGGUAUCAAGAUAUCUGUUACAGGGAAAAAUUUGGCUUACAUACAAAAACCUCAAAUGUAUGUUUUUUAUGAACAGAAAAUGUUCAUUAGUGAAUGUACUGUCCUAAGUAACAUUAGUAUGGUCUGUAUGAGCCCGGUUAUAGAUGAAGUAGAAACUUCUAAAUUAGAUGCAGACAAUCCCCUUAAGUUGGAAUACGGUUUUCGUAUGGACAAUGUAACUGGUGUUCAAAAUCUCACUCAGUCAAAAAAGGAAUUCAACCCGUUUUUAUUAUACCCAAACCCCACGUUUUAUCCAUUUGAUAAAGAAGUCAAAUAUUAUAAAUCAGAUUAUUUAAAUAUCAAUGGACAAAACAUUGAUAGAGCUUGUCAAGAAUCAGAUGUUGAAGUCAGAAUUGGUACUAGUUAUUGUAAUGUGACAUCAUUGUCACGUCAUCAAUUAACUUGUAGACCACCUGAAGCCCAACCUCCAGGUGUUGAUCAAACUGGACAGCCUAAUGGAGAGGCUUUACCAGAAGUUGUAGUAACAGUUGGAGGCAUUUUACGAUACAAUAUUGGUCAUUUGUCUUAUUCAUCACCACAGAGUUUAAAUGGGACGUUUACCAAACCAACUCUUUACGGAGCUGUGAUUAUUGUCAUAAUAAUUGCAGUGUCAUUUAUUUUGUUCUUGAUAGCUUAUAGAAGGAAGUCAACUGAGAGCAACAGAGUGCUCAAAAAUAUGCAAGAGCAAAUGGAUAUCUUGGAGUUGAGAGUGGCUGCAGAAUGUAAAGAAGCAUUUGCUGAACUUCAAACUGAAAUGACAGACUUGACAAGUGAUCUUACUUCUGGAGGUAUACCAUUCUUGGACUACAGGACCUAUGCUAUGAAAAUUUUAUUUCCCAAUGAAGAUGAUCAUGUAGUGCUUCAAUGGGAAAGACCAGAAUUAAUUUGCAAGGAGAAAGGCCUUCGGCUUUUCGGUCAACUCAUUAUGAACAAAACAUUUCUGCUCUUAUUUAUCAGAACAUUAGAGAGUAACAGAUACUUUUCUAUGAGAGAUAGAGUCAACGUAGCAAGCCUCAUAAUGGUUACCUUACAAAGCAAAAUGGAAUACUGUACAGAUAUACUCAAAACUCUACUAGCUGAGCUUAUAGAAAAGUGCAUGGAAGGAAAAAGCCACCCUAAGCUGCUUUUGAGAAGGACCGAAAGUGUGGCUGAAAAAAUGCUUAGCGCAUGGUUCACCUUCCUAUUGUAUAAAUUUUUACGGGAAUGUGCCGGAGAACCUUUGUUUAUGCUUUUUAGAGCUGUCAAGCAGCAGGUUGACAAAGGUCCUGUAGAUGCUAUUACCUCAGAAGCUAGAUAUUCACUUAGUGAAGAAAAACUUAUUCGACAAUCAAUAGAUUUUAGGCCAAUGACUGUAUAUGUAUCAAUAUCUCAGCAAGCCUUUGUGGGAGGUUUAGAUAUUAACACAGAGAAUGUUCCUGUAAAAGUAUUGGAUUGUGAUACCAUUAGUCAGGUUAAGGAAAAAUGCCUAGAUACCAUAUAUAGAGCUACGCCAUAUUCACAGCGACCUAGGAAGGAAGAUCUUGACUUAGAAUGGCGUACUGGAACCUCAGGUAGAUUAAUUCUAUAUGAUGAAGAUAGCACAACCAAAAUAGAAGGCGAAUGGAAACGAAGAAAUACCUUGCAGCACUAUAAAGUACCUGAUGGCGGAUGUCUAAACUUAGUAUCUAAACAAAGUUCAAUCUACAACUUAAGUAUUUUCUCAGACAAGAAUGAUAAAACUCAUAAAUAUGAAACACUCAAUCUAAGCAAAUUAAGCUCUGUUAGCCCUCCUCUAAGCAGAGCUACUAGUCCUUUAAACCAUGACCAUGACCAAGGGCUAAAAGUUUGGCACUUGGUUAAACAUCACGACAAUGACAACCAAAAGGAAGGGGAGAGAGGCAACAAAAUGGUUUCAGAAAUUUAUUUAACAAGACUUCUUGCCACCAAGGGUACCUUACAAAAAUUCGUAGAUGAUCUAUUUGAAACUAUCUUUAGUACAGCACAUCGAGGUUCAGCUCUACCUCUUGCCAUAAAAUAUAUGUUUGAUUUCCUCGAUGACCAAGCGCUACAACACGGAAUUUCUGAUCCCGAGGUAGUGCACACGUGGAAAAGCAAUUCCUUGCCUCUCAGAUUUUGGGUCAAUCUAAUAAAAAAUCCAAACUUUGUAUUUGACAUUCAUAAGUCAAAUAUUGUUGACGCGUGUCUAUCUGUAGUUGCUCAAACUUUUAUGGAUUCCUGUUCUACUUCAGAUCAUAGAUUAGGUAAAGAUUCUCCUAGUUCUAAGCUGCUUUAUGCCAAGGACAUUCCAUGUUACAAAGAUUGGGUCGAACGGUACUAUUCAGAUAUUAAAACGAUGCCUGCCAUUUCAGAUCAAGAUAUGAAUGCUAUGUUGGCAGAAGAUUCUAGACUUCACACAACAGAAUUCAAUACAAAUUGUGCUCUGCAUGAACUCUACAAUUACGCCAUGAAGUACAACGAACAAUUAACUGUCACUUUAGAAGAAGACGAGUUUUCUCAAAAACAACGUUUGGCACUAAAGCUUGAACAGGCCCAAAACAUAAUGAAUGAAGCUGGGCAACCAUGAUAUUGGCCUGACCUGACGUGUCAGUCAGCAGAGCUUGAUUUGAUGUGCUCAUCAGAUGACACACUACCAAUGCAUCCUACGUCGGAUGAUGGCGUCGAUCUAAUGAGACCAUCAGCCCCGCCCCUGUCUCCUGCACUUCAGGAAUUAGCUUGCUGAUAAAUGUUAUACGCCAAAUUAGUCCCCUGCCUUGCUGUCAACUCCCUGUUGUUGUUCACAUUUGGUUUUUAACUUAUUUUGAUUCUCUUUAACGAUGUACUUUUCAAUUGUAAGUUGAUGAAGUUACACUAUAAACAUUCAGUUUUCUCAAAGUAUAAGUAUAUUUAGCAUCAUUAUCAUAAAAUGGCAUUAAAUUUAAUCAUUUAUUGAUGAAACUUUUAUAGAUUUCGAAUUGUUGCGCAAAAAAAAAUGAUUUGUUUUUUUGUUAGUAAGUGAAUUUGCUCAAAUGGUAAGUGCCUUUCAUAGGAAUAAAAACUGGUAGAAGUGAAAAGGUUAGGAAGAUGAGUUAAUAAAUUGAAUUUUCUAUUGACGUUAUUAGAAGAAAAUACUGAUUAUAAAUUGUUAAAUUUUUAUUUGACUCCAAUUACUGCUGACUGCUAAAUAUCACAAAUAGAAAAAUAAUUAAGUAAGAAAAAUGUAAAAUUAAUUUUUUUUGGCCUGGAACUUAUUAUAAAGAAAAUGGAUGUAGAUAAAAAAUAAUUAAAAUUAAACCCUGUAGUCUUUAGUUAAAUAUCAUUUUAUUAUUAAUUUUUUGCCAUUUAAUGCACAUUAGAAAAAUUAAAAAUAACUUGAGAUUGUUUGUGCAGGAUUUGAAGAAUGAGCUCAUUCAUCACCCUGAAAUUUCAAUUACGAUAAUAUUUCUACCUAGCCAGAAUUUACAUGUUUUCACACAUAAAAGCUAUUAUCAUUUCAGCAAUCUUGCAUCUUCCAUUCAAAAUCAAAUAUAUACUUAACGGUAAGAACUUGACAUAUGCAUACAUAUAAAUAUAGAAAAGGCAAUUAAUGUAAUUGGUAAUUGAUAAUAUUAGAAAAAAAUCUUUAGUACCUACAUACCUUAUGAAGAGUUAAAAAAAAACUCAAAUGUGUAGAAAUGACAAAGGAGUUGUACAGAAGGGGAUGGACUAAGUAAUACAUAUCCCUACAGACUAUUAAUUCUUUGUGUGUUACGAAAUUGCUGUUGUGCAAUUAUAAUUGUUCAGUGUAUAUGAGGAGACAGUCCUCACUCAAGUAACUCGAAGUGCCUCUAGUAGAUUGAGUGGGGCUGCCUCCAAAAAUGAAUGUACUAUAUUUUUAUGAUAACAAGUACUAAAGUUAUGCUUUGUUGUGCUGAUCAUGUCAGCCUUAGUCCAUACUAUCAAUAAUUAAUUGAAAUAUCAAGUCUAACAUUGCUUUUUUGAUAUGUGUAUAAUAAUAAUUAUACCUUUAUACAGUUUAUAAUAUUUUUAUAUUUUAGUUUGGAAGCCUGUACCCUACUUCUACUAAAUUAAUGAUAUAACAAUAUCUUCUUGAAUAAUGAAAUAGUUAUUACUGUUAUAAGGCCGAUAAAUAGCAAAUAACGGCCGGGCUGAGGUUUGUGAUCCGAGGCGAUAUAAUCAGCCAAGGCUGUUAUUUGCAAUUAUAGGCUGUGUUUCGUUCUAAAUUUUUCGUCAGACUGCAGAAAUCUUUCAAUCUAACAAAAAAAACACUCGUAUAGGGGUAUGUUUGAAAAUAACGGCCGGCGGCCGUUAAAUACACCUUUUCAGUUUCAAUUUCGCUCAUAUUAUAGUAAGAUAACAGUACAGUAUGACGAAAAAAUAAUAACAGAAUACAUUUUUUAUGAUUUAUCUUUUACAAAAACUAACUUGUAGCUUGGCGAGCUUUUCGCUAAAACAUACAUAUUGUAUUGAUAUUGAUGUUAUAUAGUCAAAUAUAUGAAAUUUAAAAGAAAAUGGUAGAAUUAAGGUACACCACUCGAAUGCAAUCAUUGAUGAUUGUCUUCCGGAACAAGGAAGCACCAGGGUGUAGUAUUACUUGCAACCUUUCAAUCAUUGAAUGUCACAAUCGAAACAUGCAAAUGCUUUAAUUUUAAUGAACUAAAAACAAUAAUUAACGGUAAAUAAUAAUGUUUGCAUUGUAGUGGAAAUUAUCAAAAUAAAAUUUAGAAAGAAAGAGUUCACUAAAAAUAAAGCAAUACUAUGUACGGGUCGAUUUCAAUGUGGUUUUUGUGUAUGUGUCAUAAGGCUGUGUAAGUUAUUGUAAACAACCAGCAUGCAUAAUACAUUACCUAACAGGAAACACUAUAAAUAUGUCUAUAAUACCCUAGAGGCUUUUGAAAAGGAUCAUUUUGAUGAGCAUUUUCUGUUAGGAAGUGUAAUAAUUAAGUUGCCGCACCAGGAUUCUCUGAAACGUGUUGCUGCCUACAGCUACGCAUUGGUUCCGUUUGAGGUUAUUUAGUUUUUGAAGAAACAAUCUUAGGUAAUAAAUAGGAAAUAGCAAUUUGAAAAUAAGUUUUAAACUCUAGCAAAACCUCUUUAAUCUAGAAAAUUGACAAUAAAUAUCGUCAAUUUUUACCAAUAAUUAUAAUAAUCGAGCAAUAUGUUUCAACUACCUAUACAUUUCAAUUUAAAUACAAAGGCUUCCACUUUUAGGGUAAGCCAAAAGUUGCCAUUAGAUUCUGAAUAGUUACCUACAACUUUUAAUUUAGAUUUUUCUCAUUACAUUUUUCCAUAUACUUACAACUAUGCUUCAAAGGCCAGCGACACUGUUAUCAAAACUGCAAGAAGCUUGGAUUAUAAAAAUUAAGAAUGUAAGGUACCCAUUAAAAAAAGACAUACAAUUGGAAAAUUUUAAAACUGGCUGAAAAAAAUAGCAAAAUUUGGAUAAGUGUGAUUACAGGGAUUUUACUAUGUUUUUUGUUCAAAACGAUUGAAAAAAAUAAUGAUUCCUAUUUCUUAUUUAAUCACUAACCCGCUUCCUCUUGCUGGCACCCUGAAUGGACAUGAUUUAUCCUAUUAAAUAUCGUUGAAGAAUAAAAAUAUUUAUUUACAAACAAUAAAUAACCUGGGCAAUAUAUUAUUUUAUUUUUACUAUAAUACUAAUUUAUAUUUGUACCUCUUACUGGGUUUCAUAUUAUUUUAUCUUAUUUCGUAUUGCUGAAUGUUUCUUAGUCAUUGUUUUAUAUUUGUAUGAUUGGAUUAUACUCGAGCAAUUUUUCUACAUUUAUACUCUAUUGAUAUUAAGAUUUUUUUACUCAGUGAUAUGAACAAUUCUUACAUGAUUAUUAUUGAACAAAUAAUAGUUACUGAAUUUUCAUUCUAUCUGUUAAGGCUCUUAGUUGUGGUACGUUUGACAACAUUUGUUCACCUAUUAUUCGUGAUUUUUUUAUUACAUAGUUACUUUUAAAUUAAGAAUUGUGUAUUAGUUUUUAAGUAAAAGUCUAUAACAUUCCUUUGUAGUGAAAGGGUAUUAUAAUCAUAUUUAGCUCCUAAUUAUUUCUUUUUUUUUCAAUCAAAUAUGAUCAGAAUGCAUGUCAAUAAAAUGUCCAAAGAAACAUUCAGUGACGCAAUAGUAGCCAGUUGCAAUAUACUUAUUUUUACUGUUUGUUAUCUUUAAACCACGUUUAAUUGCCAUUUUUAGUUAAUAGGUAAAUAUAUUGUUUAUAAAAAAAAUCUACCAUACUUAACUUUAGUACAGUCAAUAAUGUAACUACACGAGGCGUCAUAUUAUUUAUUUAAAACUAAUGAUUUAUUGAAAAAUCUAUUGGCUGCCCUAAACAACUGUCUAAAACCUAGCUAUUGAGUUUUGAAAUUAAUGAAAAAAUUAUCAGAACUGAAUUCCAUAGUUACCUGGGAUCAUUUAAAAAACUUCUUGUGAUGAUAAAUCACUGAUAAACAAGUUAGUACCAUAUAUUAACAAUCACUAAUUGCUAGCUUUUAGACUAAAUAAAAAAUUUGAUUAAGGGAACAAAAAAAAAUUGCGAAUGCUGUUUCUAUAUUCAUUUACUUACUUUUAUGUUGAUAGUUACAAAUAAUCACCGUCCUUAUUGGAACAAAUGUUUUCUCUCAGAACAGCUUAUGGACAGCUACGCAUAUCAUGUUCAGAUAGGCACUUCUUGUAUUUUUUUUAAUGCCUGUAAAAUUGUUUUAUGUUUUAUUUUCCAAUUAUUUUUUUAUGAAUUUUAUUUAAGUAUUGUAUAUACAAUUUUUAUGCCAAAAAAAAUUGCUUCUGGACAACUGCAUAGUAAGAAUUGUAAAUACUAAAUGUACGUAUGUAAAGUAUGGCUUGGUGAAUGAAUAUUGUGUUUAUAUGUACGCAUCAAUUGAUAUAUCCAUAGUAAUGUGUGUAUAUCUGUUUGCAUCUGCAAUAAUAUGAAUGGUAAUGUAUUACUAUAUGUUAUUUUAAAAGACUGAAUGGAGUUACUAAACUACUUAAUAGAAAAA